AUGCACACACCAAAUACGUCAUCGCUUGCACCAAACAGCACAAAUGAGCCUCUGUCGAACUGUACCUCCGACUCACCAGACCCAGGCAGCUUCUCCCAACUCACGUCGGAAAUAAAGCUCUUGCGCGACGAUGUCGGUGACCUUAAAUCCAAUAUUAAAAUGCUAACAGAUCUCUUGAUUCAAUGUAAUCAGCGAUUAGAACUAUCUGAGAAGAGAGCCACAAUACAACAACUCAGCGAGCAAGUACAGUCUCACACUAAAUCUAACCUGAAGAACCAAGUCGAGAUAAUCGGUAUCAAUGAAACUCCUAACGAAAAUCCCGUACAUACAAUACUUACAGUAGCUGUGAAGUUAGGUGUCGAUCUUCAAGACACUGACAUAGACUACGUAACUAGAUCUGGCCCCCGCUUCAACAAUAACUCCGAGAAAACUUCUAGUUCACCCCAUGAUAACCAGCCGCGCCCCCUUGUUGUUAAAUUUCUCAGAAACAACAAACGAAACGAAUUUCUUCGCGCCGGGAAAACUAGACGCAACAUCUCCAGUGAAAAUCUGGAUAUACCAGGCCCACGCAGAACCAUAUACUUCAAUGAGCGGCUCACCAAAGAGGACAGGCAGUUAUUUCGUGCGGCCAGGCUACGUACCAAAGAUUGUGAGUACAAGUACUGCUGGAUUAAGAACGGAACGGUUAAUAUUCGCAAAAAGGAAGGGAACCCUGCUAUCGCUAUCAAGACCAUGGACGACCUGGAGCGCCACUGCCCCACUACAACAGCACAACUUAAUGGAUAA